AUGGAGAGAACGAAGUUGAGCUGUGCUCAACGCUCUGAUACCAUAAUAGUAAAAGAGAUGAACAGAAAAUGGAAGAUUCUUCUCAAGCUUUCAUGGCAUGGCGAUUCCCUUUCAGUGGGAGCUAUCGUUGGAAUUGUGACUGGGACCAUUGUCAUCGUCUUGGUGCUGCUCGCUCUUGCGUUUGUUUUUAACCGGAGGAGAAAAUCGUACAAAGAAGUUGAUUUUCAAUCUGGUGAUGAUAUCUCAACUACACAUUCAUUACAAUUUGAUUUUAAGACUAUUGAAGCUGCAACAGAUAAGUUUUCGAGGAGUAACAGGCUAGGUCAAGGUGGAUUUGGUGAAGUGUACAAGGGAACGUUCCCAAAUGGAACAGAAGUUGCCGUGAAGAGACUGUCUAAAAAUUCUGGUCAAGGUGAGAAAGAGUUUAAGAAUGAGGUGCUUCUUGUAGCAAAACUCCAACAUAGAAAUCUGGUUAGGCUUCUCGGUUUUUCUGUUGAAGGAGAAGAAAAGAUACUUGUCUACGAGUUUGUGCCCAAUAAAAGUCUCGACUACUUCCUCUUUGCCGUGAAAAGACAGUUAGACUGGAAGAAACGAUACAGCAUUAUUGGGGGAAUUAGUCGAGGAAUUAUUUAUCUUCAUCAAGAUUCACGGCUUACUAUCAUACAUCGUGAUCUCAAAGCGAGUAAUAUCCUUUUGGAUGCUGAUAUGGACCCAAAGAUCGCUGAUUUUGGGAUGGCAAGGAUCUUUGGUAUGGACCAAAGUGGAGCUAAUACAAGCAAGAUAGUUGGGACACCUGGUUACAUGUCCCCGGAAUAUCUGAUCCAUGGCCAGUUCUCAACGAAAUCUGAUGUGUAUAGCUACGGUGUCUUAGUUCUUGAGAUUAUAUCUGGCAGGAAGAACAACAGCUUCCACCAGACGUCAGACGCAACAGCUGAGAAUUUGGCUUGGAAGCUCUGGGGUAAUGGAACAGCUUUAAACCUCGUGGACCCAGUUAUUAUCGAUAGCUGCCAGAACAGUGAAGUGAUUCGAUGCAUCCAUAUCUGUCUCUUAUGUGUUCAAGAAGAUCCUGUAGAUCGUCCGACCUUUGCAACCAUUUCUGUAAUGCUCACUAGUAACACUGUUACUUUACCAGUACCUCGGCAACCAGGGUUUUUCAUUCAGAGCAGAUCUGGAAGAGACCCACUUGAUUCGGAUCAGUCUACUGCUACCAAGUCUGAUCCAACAUCUGUUGACGAUGCGUCCAUCACUGAUAUAUAUUCUCGUUGAUAUGGUAUGUUUUACCUUAAUGUUUGAACCUACUGGCAUUAUUGAACACAAGUUAACAACUUUUGUAGCUGUCGAAUAUCGUUUAGUUCUUAAUUUGGCUUUUCUGUUUAUUAUAGAAAUUAAAAUCAAAUAAAACCAUUUGUAAGCCGGCCGUUCGUUUCUCCGUCCAAA